AUGGCAUCCACAUCAGCCAUUCCCGCCGAAUCAUUCGGUACAGCCCUCCUCAACGUCCGCCGCUUGACAGGCUCGGGGCUGGCCCAUCAAUCCAAACCCGCUCAACUCCUGGUGGCCAUCGAAUCAGCCAUCUCGGCCUCCCUCCCCUCUUCCACUCUUCCUCACUCGGCCACAGCAUACUUUGCUGCUCUCCUCCAAUGCCUAGAGAAGGCAUGUGCCGAGGAAGUAGGCGGUGAGGAUGAGGCAAUGGCGGAGACGGAGAAUAUGGGUCAAGGUGCCCUUAUCCCCGCGACGCUAUACCUCCUCGCUAUCGUCGUACCCGAGACACCCACCCAGGUGGUCCUGUCGAAAGUCUCGCCGCUUCUCGAGUGCAUUCUGCCCCUCUAUCAGACCGCUCUGGAACACCCACCCGCUCUCCGCUCUAUCCUCCAAAUCACAACUUCCCUCCUCACCCUCGCCCCUCCAGCGCUUCUUAACUCCUCCCCUCUGCUCAAGAAGGCCUGGAGCUACCUCCUGGAGAUCAACGUCGACCCACGCCCCAAGGUCAGGCACCUCGCACAAGAAGGCGUUCGCAAGGUGCUCUGCACGCCUAUCCCGCCGCGCGUGACCGUUGGGGCACACCCCUACCUCCCCCGCGCACGAGAUUGGGUUAUGGCGCAUCUCGAAGAAGAAGCAAAGACGGGAGGGGCGAGCUCGAAGAAGAAAGCGAGAUUCGCGGCGGAUGGGGACGAUAUGGAGGGGAAGAAGGCGAUUUGGGUGGUGCAGGGUCUGAGGGGAUGGGUUGCUGUCUGGGGUGAAGACCAACUGUCAAACCUCUGCACUCUGCUUCUCUCUCUUCCACCUCUCCCACACCUCACUCCCCAAAUCUACUCCCUCCUAGCUUUGCUAUUGCAGCCCCCACCAGGCGAUGUCAUGGCUCCGAAGCCUGCCGUCUUGCAGAACCUUCCGACCAUCCUUGACUCCCUGAUAAGCUCUCCUCCAGAUCAGCAAUCUCACCUCGCCGAUAUCCCCGCCUACCUCUCGGCUAUCACAUCUGCCCUCAUCAAAAUGUCUUUCCAGGAUCCCGAGUCCCUGUCCGUCUACCUGGCAAAAGCCUUCAACCUCAUGUUCAACACCAUCAUGCUCGCUCCAUCCGCCUCGCCAGUCGUCCUCGCCGCCGCGUCCGACGCUAUCGGCGGACAAGGCAUUAUCCGAUACUGCAUCUCGGACGAGAUGAUCGUCGCAGCGGUCAACUACCACCGCUCCGGCUCGGAUCUGCCCGGGGCGCGACAAAAGCAGAAAUCGACAUUCUUGUCCAAACUGCUCGUUUCGCUCGUCGCGGCGAUGGACAAGCACUCGCUCCGAAUCCAGUACCUCCUCCCUAUCUUGACGGCUAUCGUGUCGCGGCUGCGAUUAAGGGUGACGGACGGGCGGAUAGCCGAGGUGGACCCGACUGGUCGAGGCAAGACAGCGGCAGAGGAGCUGGUCUUGGAUUUGAUCGGGGACAUUGGGGACUUGAGGAUGGCCAGGGGCUUUGAUCAUAAGGAGAAGGUGGACGAGGUUGUUGGGAUGGGUAUGGAAGUCAUUGGCGUCGAGGGGAUACUACGCGUGCUCCCGCUGAAUAUAGAGCCCGAUGCGGAUGGGAACACCCCUCAACCCGGUCGAGCCCAUCUCCUCCCCCUUAUCCGCGCCCAAACGACCAAUGACUCGCUUACCUUCUUCACGACGUACUUCCGCCCACUUUCCGAGCGCGUCUUCAGCCGGAAAGUCUCUGCAGAGGAUGCUGGACGGGGAGCAGAGGCGAAGAUCUGGGAAGUGCUGGUCGGACAAGUCUGGGACUGUUUCCCGGGCUUCUGCGAGAUCCCUCGCGAUCUCAAAGAGGGACUCACCGCACCCUUCAUGACCCUCAUCGCCAACCUGCUCAACACCCAGCCCCUCCUCCUCCCCGCCCUUCUCAAGGGUCUCGCCGCCAUUGUCUCGUCGACCAAGACUCUACUCGCUUCGACAACGGCUCCGGAAGAGCUGCGCAAGCAGUUUGGCGUGGACCAGGAAAUGGCGAAGGAGAACAUGGCGUACUUGAAAACGAUGGCGAAAGAUACUACGUCCGUGCUGCUCAACGUAUUCAGUCAGCUUCCGAGAGAGCAGAGGGGGAUGGUCUCGGAUGUCAUCGGGCUUUGGACGGGGAUUAUGACCGACCAGGAUAUAAUGGCCACCUUCACCACAGUCACUACUCACCUCUCUUCAAACCUCUCCAUGGCCGCGCCGGUCGCUCCCGGCUCUUCGCCCAUCUCCCACACCAUGCUGGAUCUCCUCAUCAUCUUCGUCCCGCACCUCCCGACCCCCCAGGCCAAGGCUCUCUUCAACGCCAUUGCAACGACAACCAUGCUCGAGCAUGACGAUGCCACCGUGCAGAAGAAGAGCUACCGGCUUUUGAAGCGGCUAAUCGAAGACGGAAAGGUGGCUGAAAUGGUAUCUGGCGAGAAGGUAGAGGGGUUCGUGCGGGCGCUGGGGGAGUGUGCGGCAGGUGUAGGACCUGGAGCUCAAAGGGACCGCCUUCAAUUACUCUCGACCGUCGUGCAGAGUCUGCCCAAAGAAAAGCUCGCGCUCAUCCCGGAACUCCUCUCCGAGGCCGUCCUUGGUACCAAGGAGGUCAACGAGAAAGCGCGAGACGCCGGAUUUGAUCUGCUGGUGGUUAUGGGUCAGAAGAUGGCGCAGGGCGGAGAAGUCACGCGUGACGCGGGCGACGAGGAGGGAAUGAGUAAGUUCAACAAAUCCUUCGACGCUGCUUCGGUGGAAGAGUAUAUCACCAUGGUCGCUGCGGGUCUGACGGGGACGACACCACACAUGAUCAGUGCGAGUAUCAAUGCCCUGUCUCGCUUGCUCUUCGAAUUCAAGGACGAUGUGUCCGACGCCAUGAUCACCGAACUCGUCUCCACCAUCACCGUCUUCCUCACCAUGAAGAAUCGCGAGAUCAUCAAAUCGGCUCUUGGCUUCAUCAAAGUUGCUACCGUCGCUCUGCCCCCAGUCACUGUCGAGCCCCACCUUCCCGUCCUCGUACCUGCCCUUCUCGGAUGGGUACACGACCACAAGAACCACUUCAAAUCAAAGACUGUUCACAUCUUUGAGCGGAUGAUGCGCAAGUUCGGAGCGGAGGCUAUCCUGCUCAACGCUCCGGCGGGAGGUGAGCGGAAGGUACUCGAGGGUAUCAAGAAGAGAAAGGAGCGCGCGAAGCGGAAGAAGACGGCCGGCGGCGGUGAUGAGGAUGGCGAGGAGGACGAAGAGAACUCUUCCGGAAGCGCAUUCGACGAUAUCCUGUACAACUCGGAUACCGACGACGAGCUAGACAAUGCGGAACCGGAGGUUGUUCGCGGCCGUAAUGGCAAGCCUAUCCUUGGCGCUAAGAAGGAGAGAAAAGCAGCUGGGACCGCGUAUAUCCGGAACGAAGGGGAUCAACCCAUGGAUCUACUGUCGCGGUCGAUUGCUGGAGGCGUCUCGAGUACCAACCCAAACGCUGCAUCUCGGAAACGAAAGCCAGGGCAGGAUGCUUCUCACUUCAAGACGGACGCUACCGGCAAGCUCAUCAUCGAGGAGGACGAGGCUGGCCCGAGCGGAUCUGCUGGGCCUCCCCAAGGCGACACUCUGGCCGGCUCGGCCUUCAUGACGGCGCAGCAGGGUGUGGAUGGGCAGACAAGGGACGCCAAGGGCAACUUGCGGUUCAACAAGAACAACAAGCAAGCGAGGCAAGAGGACAUGACGAUGAUGGACGACCUGGAGGAGGGCGACAGCCAGAGCAAGAAAAAGGUCGCUGAGCGGAGAAAGAAGAGGAUAGAGAUGGGCAAGCUCGGCGGGGAAUUUAAGGCCAAGAGGGCCGGAGGUGACAUUAAGCGAGCUGGUGGACCUGAUCCGUAUUCGUAUGUUCCGAUCGGCCAAGCUGCGCGAGGGAACAACGGGACGAAGGGUGUCAGGGUGUCUUUGACCAACAAGAAGAAGGGGUCGAGGAAGUAA